AUGUCCAAUCCUUGGAUCAAAUUUGUACACACCGCGCUAACUCAUCCAAAGCAUACGCCAUGGAUUGUAGCCUUGCUCAUCUUGGGUGAUGCAGCUCUCUGCGCACUAGUGAUAUGGAAGAUCUCCUACACCGAAAUUGACUGGUCAACCUAUAUGCAGCAAGUCUCACUCUACAUAUCUGGUGAACGUGAUUACACUGCAAUCAAGGGCUCGACUGGACCUCUGGUCUACCCCGCCGCUCACGUCUACAUCUACACGCUGCUCCACAACCUGACCGAUGGAGGACGCGAUAUCCUCCUCGGGCAAAUCUUCUUUGCGGGUUUUUACCUGGCCACUUUGAUUGUUGUCAUUGCCUGUUACAGACAGGUUGAGGUCCCUCCUUACCUUUAUCCACUACUGGUUCUAUCCAAGCGGCUUCAUAGCAUCUAUAUGCUGCGCAUGUUCAAUGAUGGCAUUGCCGCGCUCGCUAUGUGGGUGGCUAUUUACUUGUGUAUGAAGCAGAAAUGGACCGCUGGUAUCGCGGUCUGGUCUCUGGGUGUGGGUGUCAAAAUGACAUUGGCCCUGCUGGUACCAGGGAUUGCUAUUAUCACGCUGCUGAGCCUGGGUCUGGUACAAAGCAUUGUUCUUGGGGCCAUGGCAGUCCUGAUUCAGGUGUUACUUGCAAUUCCAUUCCUCCAGGAAAACCCAGUGGGCUACCUAUCCAAAGCCUUCGAACUAUCCCGGCAAUUCAUGUUUAAAUGGACCGUUAAUUGGCGAUUCGUGGGCGAGGAGACAUUCCUCUCAAGAGAAUUCUCAUUGGGUUUGCUAGUAUUGCACCUUUCAUUGCUGGCUAUCUUCUCAACUGUGUGGGUGAAGCCAUCCGGAAUCAACGUGGUCCGCUUCCUCCAGGACAGCAUCCGAGGCUGCCAGCCACCAGUGGCACUCUCGAGGUCAUUCAUAAUGACUGUGUUGUUGAGCUCGCUAGCCAUUGGCUUGCUGUGCGCUAGGUCAUUGCAUUACCAGUUCUUCGCAUAUCUGGCAUGGGCCACCCCGUUCCUCCUGUGGCGGGCAGGCCUCCAUCCGAUUCUGAUCUAUACCGCGUGGGCGCUGCAGGAGUGGGCUUGGAACGUCUACCCCAGCACCGAUGCUAGUUCCACGGUCGUGGUCUUGUCCCUCGCCCUGCAGGUAUUUGGUGUGCUCAUCAACGGGCUGGGCGAGGUAGGAAGCAAGCGCGGUGGAGCUGAGAGCCGAAGGAAGGCGGGUACUCGAUAA